AAAUCCAUUUUGAUGACUAUGAAUACAAAAUUCAGACUGCAUCCUUCGCAUAGAUCUCAUCUCCUCUUUUAAGUAUUAAAUUCACAAAUGAAAGCUACCGUGUUUAGAAGAUCAAUCAGAGCCCGUUUACCUGUAUGUUCUUCUUCCUAGAUUCAAAACCCAAGUUCAUGUAGCUGCAUUAUUCCUUUCGUAUGCCCGUUUUCAUGGUUCUUCUAGAUCCCCAUUUCCUCUUUCAAACCCAAUAUGUUUUUCUUCUGAUCAACACUGCGUAAUUCAUUCUUCCCCGCCGUCUUCUGUUUCUGGUUUCGUCACAUUUGGAAGAUAACUGACGAGGGGUUGUUUAGAAAUGAGAAUUUUAUCAAGGGUUUUCGUUUUUUUGAUUGUCUGCAUCGUCCCUUGGAGGGUUCUCGCGAUUGAGAAUUUCCGGCAAGCAUUUCCCAUUGUGGAACCUGAUCCUGGCCAUACAAAACUUCGUCUUUCUAGAGAAGGUUUAGAGGCUAUUGAAAAAAUAACAAAUCCAAUUGCAGCUGUUGCGGUCAUUGGGCCAUACCGAUCUGGGAAGUCUUUCUUGCUUAACCAACUUCUAUCUCUUUCUUGCUAUGAAGGGUUUGGUGUAGGACACCUGCGUGACACCAAAACAAAAGGGAUCUGGGUGUGGGGUACUCCUUUGGAGUUGAUGAUUGAUGGAGUCAAAACUUCUGUUUUUUACCUUGAUACAGAGGGAUUUGAAAGUGUUGGAAAGUCAAAUGUAUAUGAUGAUCGGAUCUUUGCUUUGGCAACUGUUCUGAGUUCUGUGCUUAUCUACAACCUACCUGAGACCAUCCGUGAAGCUGAUAUUUCUCGAUUGUCAUUUGCUGUUGAGCUUGCGGAAGAAUUUUAUGGGAGAGUGAAGGGACAAGAUGUUGCCUUCGAGCCUGCUAAGCUGCUAUGGCUUAUUCAGCGUGAUUUUCUACAAGGAAAAAGUGUUCAAGAAAUGGUGAAUGAAGCUCUAAGACGUGUGCCUAAUACCGAAGGAGACAAAAACAUUGAUCUGGUAAACCAAAUUCGAGAUUCUUUGGCUAUUAUGGGAGAUAAUAGUACAGCCUUCAGUUUGCCACAACCUCAUCUUCAAAGAACCAAGCUUUGUGAUAUGAAGGAUGGUGAGCUGGAGCCAACAUAUGUUGCAAAGAGGGAAGAGUUGAAAGAGCUUGUUACGAGCAUUAUCCGUCCAAAGAUUGUGCAGGGAAAAUCUUUGAAUGGAAGGGAAUUUGUAUCUUUUUUGGAACAGAUUCUUGAAGCAUUGAACAAAGGGGAAAUUCCAUCUACCGGGUCUCUUGUUGAGGUUUUCAACAAGGGUAUUCUUGAGCGAUGUCUGAAAAUAUACAGUGACAGAAUGGCAACGGUGCCUUUACCUAUUACGGAGCAAUCUCUGGAUAGUGCCCAUGAAAUCCAUCGAACCGAGGCAAUGCGAGCUUUUGAUGAACAACAUUUUGGGCGUCACCAUGCAAGGAAGUCAGUUACGCAACUUGAUGAAGAAAUUGACAAGGUGCAUAGUAAUGUUAUACUGGCAAAUCGGUAUCAAUCCUCAAAGCUGUGUGAGGCACUUUAUAUGAAGUGUGAAGACCAAAUGGACCACCUUCAAGCUCUAAGGCUUCCGUCGAUGGCAAAAUUCAAUGCAGGUUUUCUGCAAUGCAAUCAUAGUUUUGAGGAAGAGUGUGUUGGACCGUCAAAAGCAAACUACGAGCAACGCAUGUCAAAGAUGUUAGGGAAGUCGCGAACUCUCUUUAUCAAGGAAUACAAUCACAGGCUUUACAAUUGGUUGGUCGCCUUUUCUCUUGGCAUGGUGAUUGUAGGAAGGUUUGUUAUAAAGUUCUUUUUAAUUGAAAUCGGGGCAUGGCUGCUCUUCAUUUUCUUGGAAAUAUACACAAGGAUGUUUUGGUCGGCCGAGACGCUCUACUACAGCCCUGUUUGGCAUUUUGUAGUAGCCACCUGGGAAACAAUCGUUUAUAGCCCCAUCCUGGAUUUGGACAGAUGGGCGAUUCCCAUUGGUGUGUUGGCUGCUGUUUUGGUUGUGUACUGGAGGUGUUGUGGGAGAAGAAAAUAUGGUUCCCAUUGGAUUUUACCAUUAUACAACAAUCCCAAAAAUGGUUCACACAGGCCAAGAUCAGACUGAUGUCAUUAAUCUUUGCUUCUCUUCAAGCAGUUCGCAGUUUCUUUUUUUAUCUUUCUGGCGAGCUCUUCACCUUUUUGAUACAUGAAGCACGUCGUCGCUCUUUAUCGGCUUCAAUUGUAGUUAGGAACAACGUUUUAGACAGGUCAUUUUAUCAUUCUGUAGUGAUAGCAUAACAAACAAAAAAAAAUGGAUAAGGAAAUGUGGUUGUCAACCAAUAUAUUUGUAAUGUCUGAAAUAUUGUAUUCAAUUUUACUCACUGAAAGGAAUUCUUUCUUUUAUCAUAUGAAAGAAAAGGAAAAAUCUACAUCACAUUCAAUUUUA